UUUCAACACCAAACCAAUUCAUGCGACUCACCACCUCCCUCCACGUGAUUCUCUCUCAGUUUAACCUUACUAUUUCAAUUUCCCUACAUUAAUCAAAUUUACAUUAAGAUAAUUUAUUCAUAUACAAAAUAAACAUUUUAAAACAGACGUCUCUCGUCCCAUGCAUUGCGCAUUUAAUCAACGCUGCCAAAAAAUGCAUGUGGGUAUAUAUAUACCCUCUACCUUCACCAUUGUUCCUCUCUUAAACCAAAAUAAAAGCACUUUUUGAAAAGAUACAAGAUCAAAAGUACAAAAAAAAAAUGGAGCUGAUGAAUAUGGCGUCAAAAGAAACAAGUUACUGGAUGAUCGCACUACCUGCCGUUUUUGGAACCCAAAACAUGUACGAUGUUUCCAUCUUCGGCUAUCUAAUCCUCGCCGUCGUUUCUCUCUCUCUACUGACGUGGGCUUUCGCCGGAGGCGGUGGUGUUGCAUGGAAGAACGGCCGUAACCGUAUUGGUCGUGUCGCGAUUCCUGGUCCUCGAGGCAUACCAGUAUUUGGAAGUCUUUUCACUCUAAGCCGCGGCUUAGCUCAUCGGUCGUUAGCCGCCAUGGCUUGGAGCCGAGCCAAUACUCAGAUUAUGGCUUUCAGCCUGGGCACCACGCCUGUUAUCGUGGCUUCUGAGCCGAACACGGCUCGUGAGAUUCUGAUGUCGCCUCACUUUGCGGACCGGCCGGUUAAGCAGUCGGCUAAGAGCCUCAUGUUCAGCCGAGCCAUAGGUUUCGCGCCCAACGGGGCUUAUUGGCGCACGUUAAGAAGGAUUGCCUCGACUCAUCUAUUCGCCCCAAAGCGUAUUUUAGCACAUGAAGCUGGACGUCAGCUAGACUGCGCCGAAAUGGUGAAAGCUGUGUCGGAUGAGCAAAACGGCGCUGGAUCCGUCGUUUUGAGGAAACACUUGCAGCUAGCGGCCUUGAACAACAUCAUGGGGAGCGUGUUUGGGAGAAGAUACGACCCUCUGGCUCAGAAAGAGGCUCUUGAUGAGCUUACUUCAAUGGUUAGAGAAGGGUUCGAACUCUUGGGUGCUUUUAAUUGGUCCGAUCAUCUUUCAUGGUUGAGUUAUUUCUAUGAUCCGGUUCGUUUAAAGCAACGUUGCUCAGAACUUGUUCCUCGAAUCAAAACCCUCGUUAAGAAAAUUAUUGAGGAACAUCGAGCAAGUAACUCGGAAAAUAAAGGAGAUGUUGGAGAUUUCGUUGAUGUCUUGUUAUCUUUAGACGGUGACGAGAAGCUUCAAGAAGAUGACAUGAUCGCCGUCUUAUGGGAGAUGAUUUUUAGAGGGACAGAUACAACGGCGCUAUUAACGGAGUGGACCAUGGCUGAGCUAGUACUGAACCCUAACGUGCAAGCUAAGCUAAGGGACGAGAUAAAAACGGUCGUGGGCGACCGAGCAGAGGUGUCAGAUGCUGACCUGGCAAAACUCCCCUACUUGAACGCAGUGUUGAAGGAAACUCUAAGGCUGCAUCCUCCUGGACCACUGCUAUCGUGGGCUCGUCUUUCCACGUCAGAUGUCCAGCUCAGCAACGGUAUGGUGAUUCCAAAGGGUACUACAGCGAUGGUCAACAUGUGGGCCAUCACUCACGACCCGACGGUAUGGUCCGACCCGUUACAAUUUAACCCGGACAGGUUCAUUGGGAAUGCUGACGUGGACAUACGUGGUGGGGAUCUAAGGCUUGCUCCGUUUGGAGCUGGGAGGAGGGUGUGUCCGGGGAAGAACAUGGGUUUAGCUACUGUGACUCGUUGGGUCGCUGAGCUAGUGCGACGGUUCGAGUGGAGUCAAGAUCAGACAGAACCGGUUAAUCUUAGUGAAGUCUUGAAGCUUUCUUGUGAGAUGGAGCAUCCGUUACGUGCCGUUGUAACGGAAAUAUAUUAAAUUAGGGUUUUUGACUUUAGUCAACCUUAUGUUAUUUUCUACAUUUGUUACGUUUUUGCUUUGUUUUGUCGAGAGAGGUUUGGAUUGCUUGUCGUGUGGUUUUCUUUUGUUUACAAUUAGUUGAUUUAGCAACUCGGUUUGUUAUGUACGAACGUAGUAUCAUUAUCCUUAAUUAGUAUGGGUUUAAAUAAAUGGAUCAGUAAUGACUAGAUCAUACUAUCGGUUUUUGCUGUUUUGGUCAGUUGUCCUUGUUAUGACUUUGGCUAGCCUACGUACGUACUUAACACCUGAAUAUUUCUCUAAAAGUCGAAAUAAUUGCACUUGUUUUCUUCCGAUAACGAGAUAUUUUCAGAAUCAGAAGAAACAAACUGGGUGGGACGUGGACAAAACACUGAGAUGGUUGUGUUUUAAUUGUAAUUUGGACGAUUUUGAUCAAUUUGGUGCACCUGCUUGGUAAGUUAUAACCGACAGAUACGUUGUCAUUUUGUAAUAAGUGAGGAGAAGUAUGUAAUUCAAGUGGUAUCAUGUCAUAAAUGUAUUUAGACACGAGUAUUUGUACUUAACUAUUUAUGAAAGUUUGUGCUCUCGUUCAUAGUUUAUAGACCUGCCGGGAAAUAAAAGUCGGAGAAAAAAAGGAGAAGGUGUGUCUAUAUGGGCAGAGAACCUAUUUGAAACAAAUUCGAAGUCGAUAUAUUCUCUGGUUAAUGCAAAAGACUUUUUUAAAUUAGCAGUUUCAAAAAUUUAUGUUGAUUAGAAUCAUUCGAUUACAUCCGUUAAUUAGACAGACUAAUUAACAAUAUCCGUUAUCUAUCUCGGAUAGUUCUUAAAAAACACAGCACGCAGAGGGAGGGUACGGAGCAGUGGAACCACACUCUAGUUCAUGGAUGGAGCCACACACACACAUAUGCUUUUGGUGUGUAACUGUGUUUGAUCUGUCGGUGUGAAAAUAAUUUGGAAGAGAAAAAUCAGUGAACUGAUUACACUUUGUCAUAUUCAUCUCAAAUCAAGACAAAUUCUGUUAACAUUGCUGGACAAAAAUAAAUAGGCUCUUAGAAAGCUAUAAGAUGAUGGUGAUCGAUCCCAAAGGAGGUGACGUUACCUUGUUCUUUUCUAAAUGAAUAGAUAUUUACAUGACAUAAUAUAUUGAUAUAAGAUUUGUUGUCGUGCGAACAGAGCACAGUGUAAACAAAUAAAUCGAUACGAUGGUUAGUAGGCCUAAUGGUUAAAUAUAUAACCUGAUGAUCUAACGACUAAGUACUUAGAUUUGAUCAGAAAGAUAUAUUUAUUAACCGAUAGUGUAUUGGACUAUAGUUUAGUGUUUCCAUUGUGCUCCUAGUUUAUUGUGCUGUAAGAGCAUGAGCAUCAGUGAACCCCUCUUUGGGGUUCACCUUCUUAAUUUUUUAUUAUUAAAGUUUUUCUUUUUUUCAUUUUGAUUUUUUUUUUUUUAAAAAAAAAAAAAAAAAAAAUUGACCAAUCGCAGGCUGCCACGUGUCGUGGGGCCCGCGCUACAGUGAUGAACUUUAGGAGAGAGGGUAUCAUGCAGAAGAGGUGAGAAGGGGUGAGUUCAUCACUUUUGCUUUUUUUAAUAUUUUUUUUUUCUCGUAAAACGUGUGAACCUCCCUCUUGAACCUCUAAUGCUCUUGCUCUUAGUUUGAUUCCAUUGAGAAUGGUUGUUUAGGUCAAAUCUAGAUAUUAACAAUAGCUGAUCCUAGGUUUAGGGGAAUUAACACCUCCUCGCUUAAGUAUAACUGGGUUUUAAAAUAUAAAUAUCGAUUACUAAAGUAUAACUGAGUUUUGGGAUGUUUUAGAACAGUUAAAGUCGAACGAAAUAUCAAAUGGAGAUUCGAGAUAUAAAAUCAAAACAUAGUCUAAUAAAAACCUUUCCAAUUUAUAACACUAUGUUAGUGCGAAAUCACACUAUUUUACUGUAAUUUUAAUAUUUAAAAUUUGUUUUUCUCCAACCACAACACCAACUUUGCACUAAUCUAUUUUUUUAUUAUUAUAAUUUAUUAUUAAAUAUUUUAAAUACAAAUAAUUAUUAUUGUGUGUUUUAUAUUACAUGAAACACAUUACAAUAAACAUAUUUUUAAAUAAAGUAUUUUCUAUUUCAAUAUAUAAUAAUAUUUAAAUAACAGAUUUAAAUAUUUAAUACAUAUAAUAUUUUAUUGUAAAUAUUUAAUUUAUUAUUUUAUAAAUAUUUUCUUUUAUGAUUUAUUUAAUUAUAUUUUUAUUAAUAAAAAUAAAUAAUAUUUACUCUGGUAAAUAGUAUCUUAUCAUAUUUGGUAUAAGAUCAUAGUAUUGCACUAAAAUAAUAUGAUUUUAAAGCUGAGUUGAAGAGGUGUUUCUGUGAUUUUAAAGUUGGUGAGAGCCUGAGAGGUAGCAUAAUAAUUCAUAUAUUUAAUCUUAUUGCCACUUGAGAUAUCUACAAGCCAGGGUCUACAAGUACUCAAAUCCAAAACUGUUUUUUCGUCUUUUGGAGUUAAAGGUUAUGCCAUCUCUAAUGGAACUGCAAAACACUAUUUUAGUGUGAUUUUUACACAAAAUCCUUUUCAAUGGUGUGAUACUAUUCACCACACUAAAACACUAUUCAUUCCACUAAAACACUAUUCAUUUAUUUUAUUAUUAAAAUAUACAAUUAAAUAAAUGAUAAAUAAAAAACUUAAUACAUAUAAUAUUAUAAAAUAGUUUUAGUGUGAAGUUUAGUGUUAUGGUUGGAGAAGAUCUUAGUUUUAGUGUUAAAAUUACAUUAAAAUAGUGUGGUUUUGAUACUAAAAUGGUGGCAGUGAUUGGAGAUGUCCUUCAAAGCCAAGAUAAAAAGAGUGGAGAAAACAGAGAGUUAAUGUGGAGGUGAAGAAGUCAUAGGUUUCGUCGCUUAGACUGAUGGUCUAGUUUAUAAAUUAAAGACAUGGAAAGCUGUGCAUGGAGUCGUAUCUCUGCAUUCUGAAACUAGGCUCGUGUCUUUGUCUCUUCACUAUUCAUUUCAUUUCAAGACACUGACUUAUCACUGCUUCAAUGUAACAAUGUUAGUGGCUGGGGGCAGUCGACAAUUCUUCAGGUGACAUUGACCCAUCCUUUUUUAUUUAUGGUUUAUCUUUUCCUAUUCUCAUUUAUUCAAUAUUUACAUCCUAAAAUAGUUUAUAUUUUUAAAUAUAUGAGUUCAAACAACAAGUUGAUAUGGCCGAGUUGGUCUAAGGCGCCAGAUUAAGGUUCUGGUCCGAAAGGGCGUGGGUUCAAAUCCCACUGUCAACAAAUAAUUUUUUAUUUGAUCGAGGAAUGCCAGAUCUUCAAGGUUGCCCAUUUCCAAGUCUCAAAACCGUAUUUGGGCUUUUGUUCAUGGGCUUUACUUAUUUACUUUGAUUAAACUGAUGAGUAAAUAUUUUGGCAUGUCCAUCAAGAAACAUACGAGUAAAUAAAAAACCCUAACCAAGAAUUCUCUUGAUACCACUCCAUUGCGAUCUGUUAGUAAUGGUAGUGACUACUAGGGAGUAUUUCCUUUUUUGUCAAGACUACUAGUGAGUAUACCUCAUGAAUAAACAUGUUUGAUUAAACUAUUAUCAUAUAAAGAAUAAUACCAUAAAUCACGAAUAGCUUUUGUUAUACUGACUAGUGCUUUAACACUGUUCACCUUUUGUAAGGCUUAUCCUUAAUAUUAACUUAUUAUAGUAACAGCCAUGAAUGCACAUGUUUUGCUUAUAUGAAAAUGAAUUGAAAACUCGAGAAAAGGUCACCAAUAAUGCAUUGGAAAGUUUUUGGAGUUUGAGAAAGAUUAAAAUUAUUGAAAAAGCAUAUAGCAAUAUGCAAAUGGACACCAUUUCCAAAAAAUAUGCAAAUGGACCGAAGACAACUAAUAUCCAGGCCCCAUGGCAAGGUCAACAUUCCAGACAAAGAAUUUAAAAAUUAUUUAUCAACAAACAAAUAAAUUAUCUUUUAUACCUGGUUUUUAAUAAAUAAUUACUAGCUAAUGUUAUAAAUUUUGUUUGACUUCUGUUUUAAAAUUGGAAUUCUUUUAACAUAAAAUGUAUAACGAGUUGUUUUUCUUUAUUGGAACCAAAGUUGGACGUUGCACCUUCCAUCCCUACUAAACCGGCCUGCUAAUACCAAGUUGUAGAGACACACAUGGCAUUCUUCGCUGUGUCAGUGUUAUAAAAAGGGUCGAGACCAUCUGAGACAAAGCAUAACCUCUAUAUUUACUCAAACAUCUAUUCACACGCGCACAAGAAAUAAAUUAGACUGACUUGGAUUUCAAUGGAGAAAGAGAGACGAAGCGAAGAAGAAACCUCUCAUCAUCGUCCUUGUCAAUUCCUUAACGAAGCUAUCAACAGCUUCAUGGAGUGUCUUGGUCUUCAUAUCUCUCCUCCUCCAUAUUAUUCAGCAUCUUCGGUAAUCUAUUAUAAAUUUAUAAGCAAAGAAGCUAAAGAGAAUCAAGGUGUUCUGCAUAUAUUAUCAGUAUAUAACUAUAUAUAUUCACAUGCAUAUGCAUGCAUGUAUAAUAAUUUGAUAUGCUUGGUCGUAUAGUUUGCUAUAUAUAAUAGAACUUUUUUUUUAAUCUCAAAGUUUUUCAAAAGGAGUUUUACCUUUUGUUUUAUAUCGAUAUGACCAAAUUGGAUGUUCAAACUAUUUCUAACAAGGAGUUUACAAAUGCGUGUAGGAGACUCCAAACGGCAUCGUGACAACAAGGGGAAUGAUAGUCAGGCUAAAGCAAAGGGGGAGAGAGACACCUAGCUCUGGUAGGCCUGGCCGCCACAACUAAGGAUUGGAUUUGUUCUUUUCCUAUCACCCAUACACGUGGAAAACGGAUUACAAGUGCAUGCAAUUUCACGUUCGUUCAUAAACAUCGUUUCAUGUGUUUGUAUAUUGUUUCUGCUAAUUACCGUAGCAUUUCAUGAAGUUUCAAAAGGUUCUAAUAUGAUAUAAAAGGUGUUAUUAUUAAUUAUUAUCAUAUUCAAGCGACUGUGGUAAUUGGACGAUAGCCGACGGUCACCAAAGGUUACAAAAUUUUAAAUAAAGUAUUAUAAAAAACGUUUGUACUAUUAGGUGAUCUUAGUUUUUGGACCUAGCUACGAGUGUAUAAAAUAUAUUGAUAAUCAACAUCAUUGUAUAUGUUUGCUCGUGGGCAGUGGCGGACCCAGGAUUCAUUUUAACCGGGGUCAAACAGCUUAUAAAGAAAAGCAAAAAGAAAAUAAUAGGGGUUCAAUGGGUAUCGAACACUAGUUUUAAGGAGGGUCAGAGUACAGUUUGAACCAAAAUUACCAACGAAUCUUUAAUGUUUGUUCCCAUAUUUUAGUUUUUAUCAGGUUUAAGGUGUGUCAUGUGACACCCCAUUAGUGUGAGUGGGUCCGCCUCUGCUCGUGGGUUAAUAUUUUAUUUUCAGAGCUAAAGCCACAACAAUUGUAUAAACCUGAUUAGAAUCAAUACGUGUAAUCAUUUUCCGCUGUUUAUAACACAUUAUUCCCCUAAUCGAAACAUCUCUGUCGUAUCUUGUUAUAUAGUUGCGCCUUCGAUCCUCUUCCUCUUAUUAUUGCAUGUAUGCUACAGAAACAGAAUAAACAUUUACCUAAUUAUUUCAUUCAAUAGUCAACGUUUGUGUCGUGCUGUUACCUGGCAGCUUUGAUGCAUAAGCAAGCUAUUGAUGCGUAUAUGCGGCAUAUAUCAUAUUCAACAUUUACUUCUAUUAGUUCAUGUAUUUUGAUCGACUAGAUGUACAUGAAAAAAUCGCAUAGAUAAAGUCAAGAAAUGAAGAAAAAUAUAUAUUAUUGUUGGAAAAAAAACACUUGGUUUGAAAUAUAAGUCUGAACUUGUUGAACACAAAUUAGAGUAUAGUAUGUUUAUAGAAAAUGAGAGUUGGCGCCAAGGGGUUCUAUAUAUGGAUGGGUUAGCCAUUUCCCACUUAACUCUGCAUUGUAGACCUAUAGAAUUCCACUCCUCCACGGAGAAAAACGAUAUAAAUAAACAAAUUCCACUUCUCCACUGUACACAAAGCAAAAAAGAAAGAAAAGAAAUUUAUUAAAAGGUAGGAGACUUGAGCUUGAAGUUUCGGAAUUGUCACAAUUUUUUUUUAAUAAUUAAAAACCGAUAUUUUCACUGCAUAAUUUGGGAGAAAAUACGAUCCGGUACACGGACCAUAAACCGGACUUGAGUUUUUUUGUUUUUUUUUCGAACAAAUCUCGGUGAAUAUUGGACUGCUUAUCGGACCUAUCAUUUUUUUUUUCUUCUAGCAGCUUCUACAAAGACAUACCCCUGUAUAGAAAUGAGGAACAAAGAGUUGAGAGGGAACAUUUAAGAGGGUGAUUGAUCUUUUGGUUAGAGAGAGAGAAAUUAGAAGACAGAAGAUGCAGAAAGAGAGCGAUAACAAAAGACAUGGGUGCAAGCUCAUCACUCAAACUGCAAUGGCUUUCCUAGACUGUCUGAAUCUCAGACACUCAUCUUCUUCUUCAGACAUGGUGAAAGCCAAAGCAAGAAAUGUAAACUGAUGAAUUCUCUUCUCUUUCGUUUAACUAAACGAGUGUUUUCUUUUCUGCUUAGCUUCUCUUUUUGUGAGGUAGGAGGCAGAAGUAGCUUCAUCUGUCGAAACUUCCGCUAGGAGUCUAAACGUGUCGAGUAAAUUGACAAGGAAACCGCCGGUGAGCUCAGGGAAAAGAGGUGGAGUUAACAGCUACGACAUGUAGCUACAAGUCUUUUUUUUUUAACUUCGUCACGGUGUAAAAUAGGGUAAUCUUUGUGGACCAGUAACUCUAAAAGAAACUUGAUUUGCGUCUC